AUGGCUCCCGCGGCUAUCUCGCCUCCCGGCUCCCCAGUCCCUUCCACCACCUCUUCCUCAGACUUUGCGUCAUACCGUGGAUAUCACCAUGUUCACUGGUAUGUUGGCAACGCUAAGCAAGCCGCUUCCUUCUACAUAUCACGUAUGGGGUUUGAGAGAGUCGCAUACCGCGGGCUAGAGACAGGGUCGCGAACAACCGCCUCCCACGUUGUACGAAAUGGCAAUGUGACCUUCAUCCUGACAUCGCCACUUCGAUGCCUUGAGCAAAGCAGCCGCUUCAGUGAGGAAGACGCACGACAACUCAAGGAAAUUCACGAGCACCAAGAGCGCCACGGUGAUGCCGUGAAGGAUGUUGCCUUCGAAGUCGAUAACGUCGAUGCGAUCUACAACGCCGCAGUCUCUGCUGGUGGUAUCUCUGUUGCCGAACCCCACGAUCUAUCAGAUGAACACGGCACAGUCAGACUAGCCACUAUUCGCACAUAUGGCGACACAACACACACACUGAUCCAAAAGUCGACAUACAACGGCAUUUUUCUACCAGGGUAUCGGGUAGAAGCCAAGGCAUCAGAUUUAUUGAACCGCUUCCUGCCCUCUGUGACCCUCGAAGCCAUCGAUCACUGCGUCGGUAACCAGGACUGGGAUGAGAUGGAGGACGCAUGCGACUACUACGAGAAGGUUCUGGGUUUCCACCGCUUCUGGAGUGUCGACGACAAGGAUAUCUGCACUGAGUACUCCGCACUGAAGUCCAUUGUUAUGAGCUCGCCGAACGAGGUCGUCAAGAUGCCAAUCAACGAGCCUGCGAAGGGGAAGAAGCAGUCUCAGAUUGAGGAGUACGUCGACUUCUACGGCGGUCCGGGUGUACAGCAUAUUGCACUACGGACGGAUAACAUCAUCGGUGCUAUCACAAACUUGAAAGCAAGAGGCGUAGAGUUCAUCAAGGUCCCCGAGACAUACUAUGACAGCAUGAAGAUGCGCCUAAAGAAGGCAGGACUCACGCUGAACGAAGACUUCGAAACACUCAAGAGCUUGGACAUUCUGAUCGACUUUGAUGAGGGCGGUUACUUGCUCCAGCUCUUCACCAAGCAUUUGAUGGACAGACCAACAGUAUUCAUCGAGAUCAUUCAACGCAACAACUUCAGCGGGUUUGGCGCGGGUAACUUCAAGAGCUUGUUCGAAGCAAUUGAGAGGGAGCAGGAGCUGCGCGGAAAUCUGGUUUGA